GAGGCAGGGCGUCUUGCUGUGCUGCUAGGGCCUGAGCCAGAGGGGUAUGGCCAUUUCCAGCCCUCUCAGAGUGGCUUCCCUCAUCCCAUGCACACAACUCUGCCCGACUUAAAACUUUCUGCAGCUAAUGUGUUUUCGUUUUUGGAUUUUAAAUGGACAUUAUACUUAUGCAAGUUUUCCUUAUAUAUAAUAGGGAGAAAGAGCAAGAAACACAAGAAGAGGAACGUUUGAUGGAAGAAAAGAAAAAGAAAAAGCAGGAAGAAAAGAAAAAGAAGGAAGGUGCUCAGAAAAAGGCUGCUGAUCAAAAAACCAAAGUGCCAGAACCUACUAAGACCUGUUCAAGCCAGCCCCAACCUGCCGGUACCAGUCCUUCCACCAGCACUAUCUCCAGCAGCAGCAAUGGCAAGCGUGCAUCUGCCAGUGGCCAGCAGCCAGCUGCAUCCCGUUACCUGCCUCGCGAGGUGCCUCCACGCUUCCGCCAGCAAGAGCAGAAGCAGCUGUUGAAGAGAGGUCAGCCAUUGCCUACGGGGACUCUAACCAGUGUGAGCCCAGCCCAGGGAGCUGGGCCUGCAGGGGUAAGCCCUCCUCCCCUGCCUGGAGCCGGAACACAGCAUCAUCCCAGUAAACUCCAACCAGAUCUCAGUCACAGUGGAUUGGCAGAUCAUUAUGAAAAUUCCCACUGGGGACAGCAGCCCACUUACAGAAGUGAAGCCAACUGCAGCUGGGAUAAAGUGAUAAUAGAUAGGACUGACAAGGAGGCGUGGCCUUCCAUCACAGGAACAGAGACAGAAUCUGCCUCAGAAUGUACCACGGACACUGACUCUGCCUCCAACUGUGGCUCAGAGAACAGUAGCAUGGCCACGGGGAGUGCCCAGGGCAACUUCACUGGACACACCACCAAGACAAAUGGCAAUAAUGGCACCAACGGCGCACUCGUCCAAAGCCCUUCCAACCAGAGUGCCCUUGGGGCAGGCGGAGCAAACGGGACCGGGGGUGCGGCCAGAGUGUGGGGUGUAGCCACAGGCUCCAGCUCUGGCCUGACUCACUGCUCUGUCAGUGGUGGGGAUGGAAAAAUGGACAACAUGAUUGGAGAUGGGAGAAGUCAGAACUGCUGGAGUGCUUCCAACUCCAAUGCUGGCAUUAAUCUUAACCUUAACCCUAAUGCCAACCCAGCUGCCUGGCCUGUACUGGGGCACGAAGGAACUGUGGCGACAGGCAACCCUUCCAGUAUUUGCAGUCCAGUCAGUGCCAUAGGUCAAAACAUGGGCAACCAGAAUGGGAACCCAACAGGCACUUUAGGUGCUUGGGGAAACUUGCUGCCGCAAGAGAGCACAGAACCACAAACAUCCACUUCUCAGAAUGUGUCUUUCAGCGUACAACCUCAGAACCUUAACACUGAUGGACCAAAUAACACUAACCCCAUGAACUCUUCACCAAACCCUAUCAAUGCAAUGCAGACGAACGGACUGCCAAACUGGGGCAUGGCUGUGGGCAUGGGGGCCAUCAUCCCGCCCCACCUGCAAGGCCUUCCUGGUGCUAAUGGAUCAUCAGUCUCUCAAGUCAGUGGGGGCGGUGGUGAAGGAAUAAGCAAUUCUGUGUGGGGACUGUCCCCAGGUAACCCUGCCACAGGAAACAGCAGUUCUGGGUUCAGUCAGGGGAAUGGAGACACUGUGAACUCAGCAUUAAGUGCUAAACAAAAUGGAUCCAGCAGUGCUGUGCAAAAGGAAGGAAAUGGAGGCAACGCUUGGGAUUCAGGCCCACCUGCUGGUCCUGGAAUCCUUGCGUGGGGAAGGGGCAGUGGCAACAGUGGCGUUGGUAAUAUCCAUUCAGGAGCAUGGGGCCACCCCAGCCGGAGCACCUCCAAUGGUGUGAAUGGGGAGUGGGGAAAGCCCCCAAACCAGCAUUCCAAUAGUGACAUCGGUGGGAAAGGAUCGACAGGGUGGGAGAGUCCCAGUGUCACCAGCCAGAACACUACCGUGCAGCCUGGCAGUGAACACUUGAACUCUUGGGCCAAAGCUGCAUCUUCUGGAACUACAGCAAGCGAAGGAAGUAGUGACGGCUCUGGCAGUCACAGUGAAGGAAGCACUGGGCGGGAAGGAACCGGAGAAGGCCGAAGGCGGGAUAAAGGGACUGUAGACCAAGGGCACAUCCAAUUGCCAAGGAAUGAUCUUGACCCGAGAGUUCUGUCUAAUACUGGUUGGGGACAGACUCCUGUAAAGCAAAACACUGCCUGGGAAUUUGAAGAAUCCCCUAGGUCUGAAAGAAAAAAUGACAAUGGGACAGAGGCCUGGGGUUGUGCAGCUACUCAGCCUUCAAACUCAGGGGGGAAGAACGAUGGGUCCAUCAUGAACAGUACAAAUACCUCUUCAGUAUCUGGGUGGGUCAGCUCGCCACCUGCCGCUGUGCCAGCAAACACAGGCUGGGGAGACAGCAACAACAAAGCGCCAAGUGGGCCAGGGGUGUGGGGAGACUCGAUAAGCUCUACUGCUGUUAACAAUGCUGCUGCCACCAAGAGUGGCCAUGCUUGGAGUGGGACCGCAAAUCAGGAGGACAAGUCACCCACCUGGGGUGAGCCUCAAAAACCCAAAUCCCAAAACUGGGGAGAUGGACAGAGAUCGAAUCCAGCCUGGGGUGCAGGAGGGGGAGAUUGGGCAGAUUCAUCAUCUGUCCUCGGACACUUGGGGGAUGGAAAAAAAAAUGGAUCUGGGUGGGAUGCAGACAGUAACAGGUCAGGGUCUGGUUGGAAUGAUGCUGCGAGGUCUGGGACCAGUGGCUGGGGCAAUGGCACAAAUGCAAAGGUCAAUCCAGGCACAAACUGGGGGGAGUCUUUAAAACCAAGUCCUCAACAGAACUGGGCUAACAAACCCCAUGACAACAAUGUGAGUAACUGGGGAGGAGCUGCUUCUGUGAAACAGACAGGAGCAGGGUGGGCUGGGGGGCCGGCACCCCUCAAACAGAAGGACUGCAGCGAGGCGACUGGCUGGGAGGAACCCUCUCCACCAUCCAUCCGACGCAAAAUGGAAAUCGAUGAUGGUACCUCAGCUUGGGGGGACCCAAGCAACUAUAACAACAAAACUGUAAACAUGUGGGAUAGAAACAACCCGGUCAUCCAGAGCAGUACCACAACCAAUACCACCACCACCACCACCGCGAGCAACGCCACACACAGGGUAGAGACGCCACCCCCACACCAGGCCAGUGCGCAGCUGAAUCGGUCACCGUUGCUCGGUCCAGGUAUGAAAGUUUCAUCAGGCUGGGGUGAAAUGCCUAAUGUUCACUCAAAGGCUGAAAACUCUUGGGGAGAACCAUCCUCCCCUUCCACCCUAGUUGACAAUGGCACAGCAGCGUGGGGGAAGCCACCCAGCAGUGGUAGCGGAUGGGGAGAUCGCCCUGCAGAACCCGCUGUGGCAUUCGGAAGGGCUGGUGCACCCGCUGCUGCUCCGGCCCUGUGCAAACCAGCUUCAAAAUCUAUGCAAGAAGGCUGGGGCAGUGGUGGGGAUGACAUGAAUCUCGGUCCCAGCCAGUGGGAGGAUGAAGAAGGGGACAUGUGGAAUAAUGCUGCUUCCCAAGAAAGUACCUCUUCCUGCAGCUCCUGGGGGAAUGCUCCCAAAAAAGGACUUCAGAAGGGCAUGAAGACAUCUGGCAAGCAGGACGAGGCCUGGAUCAUGAGCCGGCUGAUCAAACAACUCACAGACAUGGGCUUCCCGAGAGAGCCAGCUGAAGAGGCCUUGAAGAGCAACAACAUGAACCUUGAUCAGGCCAUGAGCGCUCUGCUGGAAAAGAAGGUGGACGUGGACAAGCGCGGCCUGGGAGCGACAGACUACAAUGGAAUGGUCACCAAACCCCUCGGCUGCCGCCCACCGAUCUCCAAAGAGUCUUCCAUGGACCGCCCCACCUUUCUUGACAAGCUCACCCUCUCUCUCUCCAAUCAGGAUGGCGGCCUCGUGGAAGAGCCCACGACUUCACCGUUUUUGCCUUCCCCAAGCCUGAAGCUCCCCCUUUCAAACAGUGCACUCCCCAAUCAGGCCCUGGGUGGGAUUGCCUCAGGGCUGGGCAUGCAAAACUUGAAUUCUUCUAGACAGAUACCGAGUGGCAAUCUGGGUGUGUUUGGCAAUAGCGGAGCAGCGCAAGCCAGGACCAUGCAACCGCCGCCGCAGCCACCAGUGCAGCCUCUUAACUCCUCCCAGCCCAGUCUCCGUGCUCAAGUGCCUCAGUUUCUAUCCCCUCAGGUUCAAGCACAGCUUUUGCAGUUUGCAGCAAAAAACAUUGGUCUCAACCCUGCACUAUUAACCUCGCCAAUUAAUCCUCAGCAUAUGACGAUGUUGAACCAGCUCUAUCAGCUGCAGCUGGCAUACCAACGUUUACAAAUCCAGCAGCAGAUGUUACAGGCCCAGCGUAAUGUUUCCGGACCCAUGAGACAACAGGAGCAGCAAGUUGCGCGCACAAUCACUAAUCUGCAGCAGCAGAUCCAGCAGCACCAGCGCCAGCUGGCCCAGGCCCUGCUCGUGAAGCAGCCGCCCCCGCCGCCGCCCCCGCCGCACCUGUCUCUGCACCCCUCUGCAGGCAAAUCGGCCAUGGACAGCUUCCCCCCUCACCCCCAGGCUCCCGGCCUACCUGACCUGCAGACCAAAGAGCAGCAGUCUUCACCCAACACCUUUGCUCCUUACCCUCUCGCUGGACUGAACCCAAACGUGAAUGUCAACAGCAUAGACAUGACCGGUGGCUUGUCGGUGAAGGACCCGUCUCAGUCCCAGUCCCGCCUCCCUCAGUGGACACACCCCAACUCCAUGGAUAACUUGUCCAGUGCUGCUUCUCCCCUGGAUCAGAACCCUGGCAAGCACGGUGCUAUCCCUGGAGGUCUGAGCAUUGGGCCUCCAGUUAAGUCCUCCAUUGACGACUCCUAUGGCCGGUACGAUUUAAUCCAGAACAGUGAGUCACCAGCCAGUCCUCCUGUAGCUGUUCCCCAUAGCUGGUCACGUGCCAAAUCUGACAGUGAUAAAAUCUCAAAUGGCUCCAGCAUCAACUGGCCCCCAGAAUUCCAUCCUGGAGUUCCAUGGAAAGGACUUCAGAAUAUCGAUCCUGAGAAUGACCCUGACGUCACUCCUGGCAGUGUCCCCACUGGUCCUACCAUCAAUACCACCAUCCAGGAUGUCAACCGCUACCUCCUCAAGAGUGGAGGGUCCUCCCCACCGUCAUCUCAGAAUGCCACGCUGCCUUCCUCGAGUGCCUGGCCGCUCAGUGCCUCCGGCUACAGCAGCUCUUUCAGCAGCAUUGCAUCCGCACCUAGUGCUGCAGGUAAACUGUCAGACAUUAAAUCAACGUGGUCCUCUGGCCCAGCCUCCCACACACAAGCCUCUCUGUCUCAUGAACUGUGGAAGGUGCCCAGAAACACUACUGCACCCACGAGGCCACCUCCAGGGUUAACCAAUCCCAAGCCUUCCUCCACCUGGGGCGCCAGCCCCCUCGGCUGGACUAGCUCCUACUCCUCUGGUUCUGCGUGGAGCACCGACACCUCAGGAAGAACAAGCAGCUGGCUCGUUCUUCGAAACCUCACACCCCAGAUCGAUGGUUCUACGCUGCGGACGUUGUGUUUGCAACACGGGCCUCUCAUCACAUUCCACCUGAAUCUGACUCAAGGCAACGCCGUGGUCCGGUACAGCUCCAAGGAGGAAGCUGCCAAGGCCCAGAAGUCUCUGCACAUGUGUGUCCUGGGAAACACUACCAUCCUGGCUGAGUUCGCUGGCGAAGAAGAAGUAAAUCGCUUCUUAGCCCAAGGCCAAGCGCUGCCGCCCACCUCCAGCUGGCAGUCCAGCAGCGCCACCAGCCAGCCGCGGCUGGGCACCUCUGGCAGCUCCCAUGGGCUGGUGCGCAGCGACGCCGGCCACUGGAGCGCCCCGUGCCUGGGCGGCAAGGGGAGCGGUGAGCUGCUGUGGGGCGGGGGGCCCCAGUACUCGAGCAGCCUGUGGGGCCCGCCCAGCGCUGACGACGGCAGGGUGAUUGGCAGCCCCACCCCGCUGACCACUCUGCUGCCUGGGGACCUGCUCAGCGGGGAGUCCCUCUAGGAGCCACAAUCAUCCGCACCAGGAGAGCGCGGGCCCUUCCCAGCCGCGGUGCCGUGGCCCCGCGGGACCUGAGCAGCGGCAGCCCCUUUGAGUACCUCUGUCCAGUUCUGAAGACGAACCUUGGCCGCAGUCCUUGCGAACUGUUCACGCAACAGUGCGGGCUGCGUUCGGUCAGUGUCACAUGCUAACGACAGGAUGUUCCUCAUAGCUUUUUAUUUUGUGUGUCUUAUAUGUUUGUAUGGUGUGUUGUCAUUUUGAUUUUUUAAGUAUAAAAGCUGCUUAGAAUAGUUCUAUCAUGAAGGGCACUUUUCAGAUGGUGGGCUGGAAAGGGUUAUUUUAUCACGGGGGGCGGGAGGGAGGGAGACGUGAAGCCUAUUUAAGACGAGCCUGUGACGAUUAUGCACAUUACCAGAGGCGGCCCGCAAGCGUGGCAGAGCCGGUGCGGGCGGCGCGGUCUGCGAUCUGCUCUGCUCGCCUGGAUCCGCCUAUGCACAUUACCCUUGUUUCAUUACUUUUUCAUGUCAUUUUUUUUAUCCCAAAAAAUAUUUUUUAAAAGUUAAAAAAAAAAGACAUAUCAAACAUGCAAAUACUUGAAUCCAGCAGGCCAAUAAUGAAAUGUGAACACUUUCUAAGUCUAAUUCUACACUUCCAGGUUGACAUGAGUACACAGACACAGGCUCUAGGAAAAUCUCUGAGUUCAUCGCCUAUGUGUGUGUGUGGAAACAGAAUGUGUGUGUGCACGUGUGUAGUGCGUGCUUCUGCAUGGCGCGCACUUUCUGCGUUCGUGUGUUUGAAAGCGUGUGAGGGAUUUAACUGUGGGUUUCCCUUUUAUUCAGUAUAUGCUUUUUUUUGGCGCAUUGGUCAAACGUUUGUUAUUGUUAUUAGCUUCUAACUUUGCACUGAGUGUCCCUGCCCUCCCUCCAGCUAAUCCUAGAUGUUAAAGAGAAUUCAUAGGACAGGGCCGGUGACAAUUCACGUGUAAAUGUUUACUCAAGGACUCUGUUACUGCGUCUAAAAAUUACAGUGUAUAUCUCUGGAGAAAUAAUAUGUAUACCUACCUUUAGCAGCUUUUUAUUGUGGACUAAUGCAAGAAAGUUAUUACCAGAGUAUUGCACCAUUUUUCCAUUUGGAAUAUAAAGUUAAAGAGAAAAAAACUGUUGUUGAACUGUGGCCAUAGAUACUUGUAAAGAGCGGAUGGUUCCGCGAAGGAACGAAACAAGCACUUGGACAUGGGUUGUGACUGCUUUUGGAGGAGCCCACGGUUUGGGCUCCCACCUGUUUACAGACCUUUUUUCUCCUUCAGACUUUAAAUUAAAAAAAAAAAAAUUAAAAAGGAAUUAAAAAAAUAAAAAAAAAUACUUCCAUCGUAAAGAAACCUAUUUUCAGAAUGCAGAUGCGCUACUUCAGAGCUCUGGGAUCGGACAGUGCUGUCCCCCUCGGCCGUCGUCGUGGACUCUGUCGAUUGUUUUCGCCCCUUCGUCAAAGUGACGAGGCGUUGUGGCCACUGUCUUGCACAUGCCGGACGCGCUCUCAGGAAAGCCAGGGCUCCCGAGGGCAGCUCCACACCAUUUCAUGUAUUUUUACACCCAACUCCUAGCACUGAAGAUGUUAUUAAAAAAUAAAAAAUAAAAAAAUAAAGAAAAAAAGAAAAAAGAGAAAAAAACGCAAAUACAAAAAUACCUAAUCUCUAAUGUGUAGCAGUUACAUAUUUACCAAAUAAUGGACUCAAAAAGAAAUAGAUGUUUGAAGAGUGCUUUAUAUAUUAAAAAUUGCUUUAUGUUUUAAAAAUGAUCAAUGUUUUGAUUGUUUUGCAAGGAAGAAAGACAAUGGAAUAACAUACCCUCAAGUAUGUUUUAAAAAAAAAAAUAUAUGAACAUUGUGCUCCCUGCCUGCUUGAUCAGGAAACUUGUGCAUUACAUUUUUUUUAAUUAGCUUUUUAAUGGUUUUAUCAAAACAAAAAAACAAAAAAAAAAAGUCCUGCAAGAUUGCAGGUCAACAAAAGCUGGUUUUAUAGAGGAUCAUGAACUAUGCACAAACUGGGUUCAAGACUUUUCUUCUCGAGUUCAGUAGUGUAUUUAGCGGCACGAACCUUCCUCAGAGUGGCUGCAUCUCAUUGCCAUUACAUGCAUCUGUAUAUUUGAUGUCUGGAUACCUGCAUAUGUGUAUCAAAUACAUGUGCGUGUGCGUGCGUGCGUGCGCGUGUGUGUGUGUGCACCCAGACAGCUCCCGUGCUGCCAGUUAGCGUUGAGUUGUAGAAAAACUCCUGAUGUUUUAAAAUUGGGGAUGGAAGUAAAGAAUCUGCUUGUUUUCGGAUUUUUGUUGGGUUUGUUUGAUUUUUUUGUUCAGUUUUGUUUUUUACCUUUAUUUUGAAUUUAAGAUGUCUGUAACUCUCAGAUUAAAAAACAAGUUUGUGGCUCUUAAUGUUUUCCUCAUAGAAUGUGAUUGUUGAAGAACAUGCACCGAAAGUUGCUUUCAAAAGUACAACGCUUUGUUGAAUCUUAAUAAAUUGCAAUUUUUUUUCUUGGCUGUUCAAA